CUUUAAUUGUGCGUUUCCUCACUAAACGUUAUAUCGGAGAAUAUGAUCAUCAAACAGAAAAUCGAUAUAAACAUGAAGCGAUGGUGGAGGGGGAGCCGGUGCUGUUCGAAUUACUAGACACAUGCCCCAAGGCUAAUGAUGAGUUUCCCAACGCCGCUGAGUUGGUGCAAUGGGCCGACGGCCUUCUGCUCGUCUACUCCAUCACCGAUCGCAACUCGUUUAAUUACAUACGACGCGCCAAAUCAGACCUACAAUCCGAUACACCAGUGCAAUUAGUAGCCAAUAAAGUGGAUAUGGUGCAUUUGCGUCAAGUUAGUCGGGAUGAAGGUGAAAUCCUCGCAAAAGACUUUGAGUGCAAAUUCAGCGAGGUCUCAGCGGCGGAUCAUGUCGAUCAGGUGGCCGAAGUAUUCCACGAACUAUGCAAGGAGGUGCUGGCGUCGAAGCGUAAGUCGAAACAGAGCCUUUUGGAGCGUAUGCUGGGCGGCGCACGACCCUACAGUCGAGGGAAGAGUGACAGCAAUCUGCCGAAGGACUGAUAAAUACUGGUAACAGCUUGGCGGCGUCUUGAAAACAGACCGAGAGCGGCCAAGCAUGCUUAAAGUUGGCGUGAAACGCACACACUUCAAGCGUCUCGGUUAAUCAGUCGACGUUCGUAGGGUUAGCGAAUUUUUAAUAAUUUCAAAUAUAAUUGUGUUAACCUAUUUUUAUGUAGCGUAUAAUUUAAUCGAACUUUAUUUAAUACGUUUGGCAAUGCACGAAUUUUUGUAAUUAAAAUAAGCUUUAAAAUAAAAUAUACAAACAUAUUUGGUAAGGAAAUUUAAUUAACAUUGAAACUAAGCGUAUAGUAGUAUUUAACGAGGAUAUAAUAAAGGUGACUGAACUUA